GCGACACCCAUCUCUGCUUGCCUGGCAGUUAUCCCAGCUUGGAUGUCGACCCACCACCUCAAGCUCAAACUCGACAAGACAGAGCUGCUCUCCCUCCCGGGGAAGGCCUGCCUGCUCAAAGUCCUCAUGUCACCUCGCUCCUCUACACACUCCACCGGCGUUCUGUCGAAUCUCACAUCCACUACAAGACCAUGGUGCUUCCCUAAUGAACAGCAAGAGGGACUGCCCCUCCUUACCGAAAGCACCUGAAACCCUACCUCUUCAAAGAGUAUCUGGCUGUCACCUACUGGCGGGGCGAGUUCAGACCAUCUCUCAGGCCCUUUAUCACUCAGGCCCCCCUAGCAGUAUAGAUAUGCGCCUGAGAGAUAAUGUAUGUUGCAGAGGUUCCCAAUUACAUUCAACUGUGGGACGAUUUUUCCUUGGGCAGAUGGAAUCAGGGGGACCAGAACAGAGUUAUAAAUAAUGUGUACAUUGCAAAUUGUCUGCGAUAAUCCAAAAACAGAAUAAUUUUUAAACCUUUCUUAUAGUGAGAUAUGAUCACAUAUGCCUAUCUAUUUAUUCCUGGGAAUAGGCCUAUUUGGGAACAGAUUAAAAUCACCUUGAGUCGAUUUCCUGGUGAUUUUACAGUGUUUUAUGUCCAACAACGAAACUUAUAGAUUUAUGUAUUGAUUUUUGCUCAGAAAAUAAAACCCUCGGGCCGCCUGCUGGGGAACCAUGCUCUAUUCAGGCUACAAGCUCUGAAGCGAAAUGUUCCCGCAUCAGGCUGCGUGCACAUCAGCCUGUUGAAAGAAACUCAUGCAGAGAUUCUAUAAUUCUGAUGAUAUGAAGAGAGAGGGUCUGAUGCACGCACUGUCACCGAAGACUGGAAAAUAAAAUAUAUAUCGGGCGAGCGAGCGAGGGUCCAGGCGUGCGUGCACCGGUCUUGCCUACCGCAAGGCUACGUUGCGAAACAAUAAAAUAGCUGGGGGAUGCACCGAGACAGCACGAAUACAGCGGUAGCAUGACGCGGGACUGAAUCGAUGUAUUUCCCCGAGAAAAACCAGUCAAGACAUUGGGUCGGCUAUCAUUUGAGUGUAAAGGUCGUCGAAUAGCCUAGGUAAUUUAAUAUCGAGAAGAUGAGUGUAAACCAGACUGGGUAUGAUGAUGUUUCUAGAGUGGAUGGUGGAACUGUGACGGGCGGCCUCAACGUUAGUGGUGCCCCGAAGCUGCAACAGUGUGCUCAGCCUCCCGCUAAUCGACCCAGGGAUGCCCGGCACCAGCAACAUAGCAGCCGGCAGCACCAGCACAGCGGUGUACCUGUCAAACCGCCUUAUUCCGGACGGUCCGAACCCGCGGACGUUGUGAAGCGCGCCAUCGACUUCAAGAUGCAAGGCACACAGUGUUACAAGGAUAAGAAGUACCGGGAGGCGAUUGGCAAGUACCACCGUGCUUUAUUAGAGAUGAAGGGGUUGUGCCGGGUGCUGGGAGACCCUGAUGCCAGCUCUAAGUCUCCUUCCUCGGUGCUGCCUACCAUGACCAAGCCAGACAGCCUGACAGACGAGCAGAAAGGUGCCAUGGAGAUCGCUGAGCUGGAGUGUUACAACAGUCUGGCAGCGUGCCUGUUGCAGAUGGAGCUGGUCAACUAUGAGCGUGUGAAGGAGUAUUGUCUGAAGGUGCUGCGUAAGGAAGGGGACCACUUCAAGGCUUUGUACCGCUCUGGAGUGGCCUACUAUCACCUAGGAGACUUCCACAAGGCCCUUCACUAUCUCAAGGAGUCCCACAAACAGCAGCCAGCAGACACCAAUGUUCUCCGUUACAUCCAGCUGACUGAGAUGAAGAUCCGUCGUUCUGCCCAGAGGGAGAAGAAAGAAACCACAUAAACAACCAACUAAAUCACUUUCUGUUUUAAUAACUCACUCACUUCUCACUUCACGUAAAAAGUGUGCUUUCUUCAUGUGCCACCCAGAUCUAGUACACCACAAGUCUUGGGCCGAGAUUCAAUCCGAAACCGCGCUUGACAUUUUUGGGGUAAUUUCCAAUUGAGCCGACAUCUGCAGUGCUCACCUUGAAUGCAAUAUCUGUAAAUGUGGUAACAUUACCUUUUAAAAGCUGCAUUGUCCAAGCGUGCCUGGAUUGAAUCCCAACCUUGGUGUUUUAAAAGAUAUUUACAGAUAUGCUUUAGCCUUGCACAGCCACUUUUAUCCAUCUUCUUAUUCUUCCUGACAAUUAUGUAAUUCAUACCAAUGGGCGUAUUUUACUACUAUACACAAAACGACUAUAUGUCAUAUAGAGAUACAGUUCAUACAACUGAAAUGGUGCAGCAGCCGUUCGGUGAUGGUCAACAUCUCCAAAGUUUAUGUCUAUGACUAAGUUGGUCAACACGGAGUCAGAUGGAUAAUGCGCAUCACUGCCAGUCCAAAACAUUGCACAAAGUGUAAAUAAGGCCAACAACACUUCUGAUGGUGACAGAGUAACAGAAAACACUGAAUGAAGCAUUUGGCUGUAAGUGACUGUACUGUGACUGGAUAAGUUAGGCUAGCACCUGCCCUCCCUCCUGCACACAAGAUGUGUUUCUAACACCUGGGGCCCCGUUUAUACCUGGUUCUACCAUGUGUCCAGAUCUUGUCCACAUUCCGAUGUUGCCCACAUUUUUAGACAAGUGUAGACAAUUAAAAUACCAUUGAUAUUGUGAUUAGAUUUUCUCCGGAGGUAGUCCGGAUCGUGUCUACACUUGACACUUACAUGCGACUUCUGCUAUCAGAAUACAAAGCUCGGAUUUACAAGACGGGUCUAGACGCACAAAAGUGGCUUUGUGGUCUGAUUCAGAUCAGACUGACCACUUCAGGAUUGUAUUCAGAUCAGACUGACCACUUCAGGAUGGUGUUCAGAUCAGACUGACUACUUCAGGAUGGUGUUCAGAUCAGACUGACUACUUCAGGAUGGUGUUCAGAUCAGACUGACUACUUCAGGAUGGUGUUCAGAUCAGACUGACCACUUCAGGAUAGUGUUCAGAUCAGACUGACCACUUCAGGAUUGUGUUCAGAUCAGACUGACCACUUCAGGGGAUUUCUCAGUGUGGACGUAAUCAGGCUACAGUGGGAGACGUCAUCAGCACUCCUCCCACAAGUCUCCAGAAAACAUGUGUUUUGGGACCGAGAGGUUUUCCUUUUCAUUAAAACUUCAGAGGAAAUUAGUUUUUAGCGUGUGAGGAACGUGUUUGCUGUCUUCAUAAAUGCUAGCCAGCAUUUAGGGGGGCGAGAGUCAUACGAACCCUUUUGGAAUCCCUUUUAGCGUUGCUUGUGAGAUUCCUGGCUAGCUACAUAGGUUAGCGGGCUAGUUAGCUACAGUAGUUAGCUACUGACAUCAGUUGUUGUGUUAUUAUCAUAUUUAGCCUAUUCCACCGUUUGGAGAAUUUGAAUAUGGCGCAAGAAAAGGGAAUCUGGACACACUAUGGACACGGUAGACACAUUUAAAUGUAGAGGUGUAGACGCAUGACGCUUUCGGAAUUCCGUGAUCAGAACUCAGUGAUCAGAAUUCCGUGAUCAGAACUCUGUGAUCAGAACUCAGUGAUCAGAAUAAUAAAGCUGCAUGAACUGUCAAGUCUAGACGUGGCCUCAGACAGGCAUUGUGUCCGGAUAUCAUACAAAUGUAGAUGUACCUGGAUUUUUAAAAAUGUGUUUUUUAAUUUUGACCUCUUUUUCUCUGACAAUUGGUAGUUAUAGUCUUUUCCCAUCGCUGCUACUCCUGUACGGACUCGGGAGAGGCGAAGGUCGAGAGCAGUGCGUCCUCCGAAACACAACCCUGCCAAGCCACACUG